UUGGCUGGCCGGUGGUUCGGGCAGGUAACCGGAGCAGCGGAGCUCCCGGGCCGGGGGCGCCUGAGCGGCAAUGCCGCGGGCGGCCGUGGGCGGGUGACCCGGGGCGGGGGGCGCGCCUGGCUGCGGGCCGGCGAUGCUCACCUGGGCGCGGGCGGGCGCGCGCCUCCCCAGCCGCCUGCAGCCAUGAAGAAGCAGCCGCCGCCGCCGCAGCUCUCGGCCGGCCGGGCUCCGGAGGCGACAGUGGCGACGCAACAGCAGCAGCAGCGGGGCAGCGGUGGCGGCAGCAGCAGGGUCACCGCCAAGCUGGUGGAGUACGUGGGCUCGUUCCUGGUGGAGGACGCGGAGCUUCAGCGGCAGGUGGCGGCCAUCCAGCAGCAGCUCCAGCGCCUGAAGGAGUGCCCCAGGCGGCGGCCCGUCAUCCUCAAGUUCUGCCUGCAAGGCCUGAAAAUGUACAGCACGGAGGGCGAGGUCUUGCUGAUGGCCCAUGAUCUGAAGCGCAUCCUCUACAGCACGUGGACUCCUGCCGAGUGCCAGUUUGCCUUUGUGGCUCGCAAUCCCUCCAGCCCUCCUGGGAAGCUCUUCUGCCACUUAUUUGUGGGCGGCGAGCCCUGCGAGGUCCAGACACUGCAUUUGCUGCUCUGCCGCUCCUUCCAGAUUUAUUACCUCUUGCUGCAUCCUGAGGAGCAGGACUGGGCCCCCAGUGGCCCUGCCCCCCGGGAACCAGGAGGGCUGCCAGGAGCCACCUCUACAGACAGCCGGGUUGUGUGGGAGUCUCUGAGCCCGGAGGAGGUGUCGCAGAACGUCAAUGCCCUGGUAUCGUUCCGGAGGCUGCCUUGCCCUGCUGACUUUGCCUCCUCUGUCAGUGUGAGAGAGAGGCUGGAUUUGGAGGAACGGAGCAGCCUGGUUGGCCCUCGGCCCGGGAACCUCUACUGCUCCCCAAUCCUGGUGCGCAAGAAAGCCAUCCGCAGCAAAGUCCUCCGCUCUGGAGCCUAUCGGGGGUGCACUUUUGAAGCUCAGCUGCAGCAGAGUGCUCGGGAAAUGUUUCACACCAGCUGCGAUGGCCGGGCGAGCAGAGGCAGCCUGGCUUACUUGCCUGACAGUGAGAGCAGCUUGAUGGAAAACGUUUGGUCCUUUGCUGGGAUUGACAGGGAUGCUGGACUGACGUUGCUUCGAAAUGACGUUCUGGGGGCCUUCCUUCUUUGGGCAGAGCCAGGUUCCUCCAAUCAGUGGUGUCUUAUGGUAAGGACGCGGUGUGGAGUCAUUCCUUACCAGAUUUACAGGAGCCAGCUUGGGAAAUACUCUGUUGAGCACUUGAAUGUGGAGUUUCCCAGCAUGGAAGCACUGCUGGAUCACUACUCUGGGAUGAAAGGAGGCCUGUUCUGCUCCUUGGCUGCAGGCCGGGCAAACCAUUGUUAUGAGGAGCAAGAUUACUUAGCAGAGAACGAGUGGAGAGGACAGCAGAGUCGCCGGCAGGCUUCGUGGUUAUAUAGUGCCAGCAAAUCUCUGGCUGUCCAGCCAGAACUAGGUUAAUGGCAAAGGGACUCUUGUUUAACCAUCUGUAUCAUCCAUGUAGAGUUGUACAAACAACGUUGUGGUAUCCAAGCAGCACCACACUUUCCUCUCUUUGGCUUGCCUAGUGGUCCUGAUGUGGUAUGGAUCCUUCAUAGUACAGGUUCAGUCUCAGCUUAGUAGAAUAUGAAUGUCCAUAGCAAACUUAUCUAGCCAAAGGCUUCCAAUACAUCAACAUCUCUGGGCGUUAAGGAGCGGUCAACACCCUCUUAAUUGUUCUAGUAAUUCAGGGCAAGACAUCACAUUAACUUCAGUGAUUCAUUAUCAUUGCUUAGACUCGGUAAGAAUAAUUUUCAAAAUUUACAGUAAGGAUGUUGCUCUUUCAGCCUCUUUUAUAUUUGCCUGGUUUGGGGGUUGGUAAAGUGAGUGCCCAGAUUGCUGGGGUAAAGUGUAGAUAACUGGGGAAGGCAAUGGCAAACCACUCUCAAAACAUGGUCUGCCUCGUAGUCAAUAGAAUGUGAUGCUACCCAACAGAUCAGUAAUGACUCAGUGCUUGCCCAGAUGACCACUUUUACCUAUAUGGGGGGGACCACUAAUACAAUCUGUAAAUUAAACGUUAUUGAAACAUCAGUUUUACAAGGGUGGCUGGAUUAGUCUGUAACAGCAAAACCAUGUGAGUCUUGUAGAGCUGUAAUAUUUCAUAAUAGCUGUUACAUUUCAGGAGUUGGCCUGUUUGAGGAGUGGGGGCAGGUAUGUAAGAUAAAUGGGAAAAUGUUCCUCCUCGUGCAACAGUUCCCUGCAGCCCCAGGAAGACUUCAAAGUGCACUGAGAAGAAUCACGUUUUAUUCCAAAUUGUGCCUCUCCUGGCAAAUGUUUGUGGCUCAUCUUCCUGUGGGCUUCGUGGGGCUGCCAAGUGCCUGCCUGUGGUCAGAUGUCAUUGGAAAGGAAUUUCAUGUGGGCAUGCUAUUUAUUUAACGGUAUUAAUUAAUUCAUGCUGCUAUUUAAAAUGAUUAUAUUUUAAACGAUUAUUUAUUCAUAGACAUGUUUAUUUAUAUCCUAAAUGUUUACUUAUACCUGGCCUUUGUCAAGAGGAAUUAAGGCAGGUCACCCGCUGGACAGCAGCCCAAUGGGACAAGAAUCACGGAAGUGGGAAGCAGGGCAGACCGAGCACACACACACCCCGCCCCGGGUAUUGGACGUGGCGCGUGGUCAGCAAAAGCUGCCCGUAGCGCCGUCAGAGGCGGGACCUGCGUACAAGGGGUGGGGGGGUGGGGCGGCAGUUGAUGUCUGUCAGAUGUUCAGCCGAGAUAUUUUGUCGCCCGAAAUAAACGUUUCCAACCGC